CUCAAACAGGAUGGAGGUCCUGCGCGUCGCUGCUGUUUCUUCCUGAGCUUCAGCCAACUGAGAGAAAGUUUGCAGUUUUUUUGUGCUUUUUUCCUGCGUUUUUAUCACCGUUUUCUAUCCGGACAAAAAUAUUCUCCAAAUUUCCUCUCCUUACUUUUUUUUAUUUUAUUUCUUUCACCAAACAUCGCUGGAGCGUCUUGUCUUUUUAGAAGAGGAAGGCUUCCAGGGAUGGAGUCGAUGCCCGGACAUCUUGGAGACGCGGGACGAGACGCCAGCUCUUCCCCGAGUUUAAAGCAAGACGCUCCGAGCUUUUCCAGCCCCAACUCCCUCAAACCGAACCAAGUGAGUGAGACCUCCCUGUACGGGGUGCCCAUCGUGUCUCUGGUCAUAGAUGGGAAGGAGAGACUCUGCCUUGCACAGAUUUCCAACACCCUUCUGAAAAACUACAGCUACAACGAGAUCCACAACCGCCGGGUGGCUCUGGGCAUCACCUGCGUGCAGUGCACGCCCGUCCAGCUGGAGCUCCUGAGGCGCGCAGGGGCCAUGCCCAUCUCAUCCAGGCGCUGCGGGAUGAUCACCAAACGGGAGGCCGAGCGCCUCUGCAAGUCCUUCCUAGGAGCGCACAGCCCUCCGAAGCUGCCAGAGAAUUUCGCCUUUGACGUGUCCCAUGAAUGCGCCUGGGGCUGCAGAGGCAGCUUCAUCCCCGCCAGAUACAACAGCUCCAGGGCCAAGUGCAUCAAAUGCAGCUUUUGCAACAUGUAUUUCUCCCCGAAUAAGUUUAUUUUUCACUCUCAUCGCACUCCAGAGUCCAAGUACCUGCAGCCGGACGCGGCUAACUUCAAUUCGUGGAGAAGGCACCUGAAACUGACGGACAAGAAACAGUCAGAGGAUAUAAACCACGCGUGGGAGGAUGUUAAGGCCAUGUUCAACGGGGGGAGCAGAAAGAGGACUCUUCCCAUGAGCGGCUCGGGAAUGUCUUCAUCGUUGAAGUCGCAGACCUCCUCCAGUUUGGCUCCAACUAGUUCCCCUGAGAUCCCCCACAAAACUUUACGGUGCGACGAGGAGCAGGGAAGCAAUAAUUUAAGUUUGGCUGGAGGCGCGCGGAGCUACCCGGUCAUCCCUGUGCCCAGCAAGAGCUUUGGCAUGCUGCAGAAGAUCCCCCCACCCCUAUUCCCCCAUCACCCCUAUGGUUUCCCCAGCUAUGGGCUGUGUCAGAAAAAGAGCGACGCAGUGACUGAUGGGAACAAAUCCGCGGUUCCGGGUGUGUUCUGGCCCGGAGCCAAGGACUCCCUCUACCCCGCUUUCCCCAUGUUCUGGCCCACAGCAGGAGGCCUGCCCAUGCCACCCUACCCGGGCGCCCCACCUAAACCUCCAACUGAGCGUCCGGGUGUCCGGCAAACUGAGUUGGACCUUUCUGACCAAAGCGAUCGGGGCGCAAACACACCCAAAGACACAACCCCGCAUCCUCACCAUGAGCGCAGCCCGAGCUCCCAGUCCUCCUCCACUAGAAACGACGAGGACAGAUCCGGAGACGAGGCCUCUCAGAGGAAGAUCAGCUACAUCUCAGCCUUCAGACCCGUGGUCAAAGACGCGGAAACGAUCGCCAAACUCUACGGCAACCGGGACGGGUUCGGCGCGCGUCCCGGCUACCUGUCCCCGGAUUUCAUCAGCGAGAGCUCCAGCUACAGAUCGGCGUCCCCGGACAGGGACAGCGUAGUGGACGAUGAGGACGACGAUCCAGACGUGGACGUGGAAUCCAACCGGGGUCCGGAGGAGGAGGAGUCCAUCCGGAUCUCACCGGGUGGGGAUGUCCGAGGCUCCCCUGCGCAGGAGCGGCUCUGCGCUGCAGCCGAGGAGGGCCAGCAGCGGCCUGACUGCCCCAUCAGCCCGGGGGCGGCUGGGGCGUCACCGCAGGCCUCAUCGGAUGAGGAGCGACAGAUGCGUAACGGCUCCCCUCCUCAUGAGGUGUUCCCUCAUGAAAAGGACGCACCGAUGCUCCUCCUGAACGACCGUCCUUCCUUCAGCUCCAAACCACCCAACAGACCCAGCGGUAUCCAUCACAUGGCUGAAGCGCAAACACAGCAUGGCGCAACUUCCUAUUCAGAGAAGGACAGACAAGGUGAUGGAGCUUUACGCAUCGACAUCAGUGUGCAUGAAAGAGAUCUGGAGAAUAUGGCCAAAGAGGAAUUGCAGAAGCAGCUGGUGGAGCAAGUGGAGCUGAGGAAGAAGUUGGAGAGAGAAUUUCAGCAUCUGAAAGAUAAUUUCCAGGAUCAAAUGAAGCGUGAGCUGUCCUACAGAGAGGAAAUGGUCCAGCAGUUGCAGAUUGUUCGAGACACUUUGUGCAGCGAGUUGGACCAAGAGAGAAAGGCUCGUUAUGCAAUACAGCAGAAACUAAAAGAAGCUCACGACGCCCUUCACCAUUUCUCCUGCAAGAUGCUCACUCCUCGUCAGUGCACUGGAGCCUGCACCUUCAAGUCACCUCUGCUGCCCCCCUAGUGCCACUGUCCUACAGCUGACUGCAACCCAGCCUGAUAAAAAAAAAACAAAAAAAAAAAAACAUGUUUGAAGAUCCAACCUCGAGAGCCUUCAUGUGUUCACCUCUUCCACCGAGGAUUCCUGCUGCAGCUGCUGGUGCCACUGCUCUGCAGAUACACCUCCAUCAAGGCUCUGGAGGAGAUGGAUUCUGCAGCAACCUCUCCUCCAAACAACUGGACUCUUAUGUUAAAGAGAUCAUGCUGUGAAUCAGAGGAUUGCUGAUGCAAAGCUGCAAAGCUAAAACCAAGGAGGUCGCUGAAUAAAAACUCUUUGCUCUUUCACUAUCUGAAGAGAAUAAUGCUACAUUAUUUAAAUAAAUAAAAAUAUAUAUAUCACGUGACAAUGUGCAAUGGCUUGUAAAAUUGUGAUUUUAAGUUCAACUCUCAUUUGUUAGAUUUGGUUGCAUAUGUUUUUACAUGUAUUUAUAAUGUUCCUUGGGUUUGUACACUGUGUAUGUCAUCAAGCACUUUAAAUGGACAACAUUUUUAAAUUUGGACACCAAAUUUGCUCCUCCAGUUUGUUUGCGUGUGUUAUGAAUACAGCACAUAGUUAUGAGCACUUACUGCAGCCGCCCUUCGGGUUUUUCACUUCAGAUUAUGGAGGCGAAAGAAGCACCAUUAAAAGGAAAAGAAAAUGCACUGACUGCUGGUUACGAAUGUUUGCUUCUCAUUUUUCUGUUUUCUUUUUCUGUUUCCUCUCAGUAAACUGAACCAAAACCUCCUCUGUUUUCUUUUUAUACAGAGAAAAACAAGCUCAAGUAUGAAUUGUUGCCACUCCUUUCUUUUUUCUCCUGUUUAUCUCCUGUACAAAUCCAAAUAAAACCUGAAAAGCUCUCUGGGCUUCAUGUCCCUCACUGCUCCUCUGCUCUCCUCCAGUGGGAGCCUGACACCUGCUGGCCUUUCUCCAGAACACCCCCCUUCCUCCUCCUGAGGGUGAUCGGAUUGCCUCACAUUGUGUUUGAGUUCAACAUGAUCUCUUUCAUUAGGCAACCAACAUCAGAGCAUGACAUGUCCAGUCAUCUUAUAAUGUUUGACGUGGAGUCAGGGAGGCGAGGUGGGGGUGGAGAUGGCGGUUCUGGGAGCAGGUUGAUCCACUGGUGAAAUCUAAUUCUUCAGAUGGGACGGCUAAUAGAUAUUGAUUACCCAGCUGGGGCCCUGGAUGCUUCAUACUGAGACGAUAUUCACAUAAUGUCACUAAUGCACAUUGAAUGCUAAUUUUCAGCCAACAUAAUUGCCCUCUGUGGCAAAGCUUGUUCCCUCUGAAUGCUAACAAGGAUGAGCAGCAUCAUAGUACAGUGGGAGCGACUUGGCUGGGGCCUCCCUGACAAUGAAGUGGUUAAAAACACUGAUGAAGUCUUUAUCUCUUUAAUCUUUUAUUUUAUUAUUUGAUCAUUCUUCUGUUUUUUGUAAUUAUUUAGGGUAUUCUUAUUUGACUUUCAAUGCUUGUUUUGUUAGUAAUGAGGUUUUGGCCUAUGGUUUGCAAUCAUUGGUUAAAUAAUAUUAAUUAUGUCUCUGAUGCAUUUUUUUAUGUUUUUUAUGUGUUCUAUAUCAUCAUUUUGUUCCUUUUUAUGUUAACUCAUGUCUCUGAAAGUCUGUCUUUUUUUUGCCCUCUUUUUUCUUAUUUAUUGUUUUUCAGAUUAUUGAACCUGAAAGCAGCUUCUUAUUUCCAGCUGUGACUUGAUUAAACAGAGGGCCCUUCCAAAGAGCUAUAAGAACAGACAGACAAGCUGUAUUCCUUUAAUGUUUGAGCCAUUUACAUUUUUUUCAUUUUAUUAUGCUUUUCUUUGUGGUUAUACAUAUGUAUGUGAUUUUUUUUUGUCUCCGUUUUUAUUUGUUCUUUGUGUUUUUAUGCUCUUUU